AUGCGAGAGGAACAACAGAGGGCACCAGAGAUUUGACUGUCCCAGAGAGGAGGUAAUAAAUGAAGCACUUUGGGGGAACAAGAGUUCAUUGCUGUGCCUCAGCUCUUCUGAGCUGUUGUCAGCAGCUUCCUGGGUGGCCGUGCCCUGCGCAGAGCAUCAUCCUGCACCCACAGCCUCCGCAGAUCCUGUGCCACUGCGACCUUCCCAAGGACCAAACCCAGCAGGCAGCCCCACAAGAAGCAGGGACAGCCGGCCAUGGAGAACUGCACUGAUAUCAACAGCACGCUGCAGAACGGCAUUUUGCUCUUUCAGCUGAUCGUCUACAUCCCAGUCCUCUCCUUUGGGUUCCUGCUGAACACAGUCGCCUUCUGGGUCUUCUGCUGCAAACUCAAGAACUGGACUGAGACCAGGGUGUACAUGAUCAACCUCAUGGUCGCAGACUGUUCCCUGCUCUUUGCCCUGCCUUUCAUGAUAUAUUUUACCAAGAACAAACAUCCCAUAGACGAAUUAUGUUUUGCUGUACAGAUGAUAUAUUUUACGAACAGGCCUAUGAGCAUCUACAUCAUCAUGCUGAUUGCAAUCGAUCGAUACAUUGCAAUCAUAUUCCCUCUAAAAGCAAAAACUCUUCGAUCCCCACGGAAAUCAGCUUCUGUCUGUGGGUGUCUUUGGAUAAUACAGAUAAUCUAUUCCUUCUCCCAGCAAAAAUUUCAAAAAAGUACAGAAAAAUUUUGCCUUCAGAGACAUUCUACUGAACCUAAGUAUUUAACAUUAGUCUCCAUUUCCAUUGGAUAUUUUAUUCCUCUAGUGAUUAUAAUUUUUUGUUCAGUAAAAGUCAUCAAAUGUCUCAAAAAGAAAAUGGCCAGCAGCCUUCAUGAGACAAAGUUAAUCCAGAAAGCGCGCCACAUCGUUUCUGUGAAUUUGUGUGUGUUCACCUUAUGUUUUUCACCUAUCUACAUCGCACUGCUCCUGCGGUUCAUAGCAGAGGUUGCUAAAGCUUGUUCUCUGCUCUCAAAACUUAGAGUCUCUAUUCAGAUCUUUUCAUGCUUGGCAAAUAUCAACUGCUGCUUGGACGCAUUUUGCUAUUACUUUGCAGCCAAGGAAUUUCAGGAAUUUUCCUCUCUGCUCCCCACUUGUAUAUUGAAGAGGUCUAAGGUGAAUCAAAGCCAAGAGUCACAGCAACCCACUGAGCAAGUUAUGUUAUAAAAAAAGGUUUAGUGCACUAUAGAUGUCAAGAGCCACACUGCUGCUGAAGUUUUGCGGGAAUGGGGCUACCUACAGUAUUUGCAAUCCUGGGUAUAGGUAUACCUGCAAAAAGGGGUCUCCUAGUCAAGAGAGAGCUCCACAUGGUAUGGAGAACAGAUGAUAAGGCCAUUGUUUCGGCCACACACUUAUUUGUACAUAUCAUGCAGCUAAACAUAAGAAACUUAGCACCUUUACAGCAAUGCAUAAAACCAAUUUUACUGCCGUAACUUUUGGUCAUUGAGGAAAAAGGAAAAAAAAAAAAAAGAAAAGAAAAACCACUGUAAUACAAUGUCAAGCCUAAUAUACCUGUGUCACUCACAUCAAAGAAGUUACCUGUGCAGUGGUUGUUUCCUGCCUAGCUAUAAAAUGCCAAUGCCUACAGCUAUGACCAGGAUGCAACUAUCACUGUGCAUGCGGUAAAACGCAGGAGUCAGGUAGUGGCAAGACACUAUUGUCCUAUUCCUGCCAUGUAACACUUUUAUUAGCUUACAGCAACACCUUGACAUUUGUAAGACAAAAAUCAUUGUGGAUAUAAAUAAAGCUAUUACUGCAAAGUA